AAUCACACAAUCAAAUACCAAACAACCAAUCCAAUAUCAAGCAAUCUAUACCCCGCUUCCUUCCAACAACACAACCAUAUCUUACAUUUACCCAACCAAUCACAACUCACCACCAAAAAUCACUAUGUCUUCUUCCACAACUCAACAACCACGUCUUGACCGUGCCUACUCUACCUCAUCCGCUUCCUCCAGCGACUCCAACGAUGGCUGGCUCAUUCUCAACGGACAUGGCUCCUCUACAGUCACUACCCCAACGAAUCAACUGAUGCAUUCAACCCCUACCUUCAGCUCGCUCCAGUCACCCGUGAAUGAAACAGGGAUACUGGCGAAAAUUGGUUUGGUGGUUUUUGUUGCUGGAUUAUUAGUCACUUGGGGUUUUGGUCGGGGCCGGUCUUGUUUGAAGCGUAGGAGUAUCAUUAUUCUUUUGACCUAUGGGAAUCGAAAUUAUAUGCACUUAUGA